GAAGAGAACGAAAAACGACCCAUGUGUGUAAUACUGCCAGAGUUUCUUUAAACGUAGGCUUUGAUCCAGCAAGGGUAAAGACGCGAAUACUUAUCUCUUUCUAUAAGUUUUAUUUUUAAAUUUUGAUGCCUUACAUUCAUGACUUAAUAAAAAUAAAUGAUUGUUGCAGAUGAAGCGGCGAGGGGUGUUACGGUCGGCGGCGAGGUGAGGCAGCGUGGCCGGCAUGGACCACGCGGUGAAGGCGAUGUCGGCGCGCGGGCCGCUGUCCCGGCUGGUGGCGCGGCGCCGCUUCGAGUCGGCCGAGCUGGAGGAGCUGUACGCGCGGUACGCCUGCAAGCUGCAGCGCACCUCCGUCGGCUCGGCGCUCGCGCUCUGGGCGCUGCUCGCCGCCGCACUCGCCGCCGUCGACGCCACCCGUGGAUGGCGAAGAGCACCACAGGUCGGCGUACUCACAGCACACGCCCUGCUAUGUAGUGGACUAGCAUGGUGGUGCGGUCGCGCGGGUGUGGCGCCGGAGCGGCGGCUGCCGCGUGCUUGCUGGCUGGCGCUCGCCGGCGGCGGCAUCGCGCUGGCCGCCACGCUGCCGGCGUGGAACACGGGCGCGGCUGCUGAGGGCGCUGCCCACGUCGUGUGGGCCGUGUUCGCCGCGUACGCACUCCUACCGGUCGGCGCCCCUGUCGCCGCCGGCUUUGGCAUUCUCCUACCAACAGCGCACACCAUCGCGUCAGCUCUCGUCGCCAACAGAUUCCCUUAUCACGUUUGGCAACAGAUGGUGGGCAAUGUGGUGGUGUUCGUGUGCGUGAACGUGGUGGGCGCGCUGAUGCACUCGCUGAUGGAGACGGCGCAGCGCCGCGCCUUCCUCGACACCAGGAACUGCAUCGCGGCCAGGCUUGACAUGGAAGACGAGAACGAAAAACUGGAACGAUUGCUGCUGUCAGUGCUACCACAACACGUUGCCAUGGAGAUGAAGAACGACAUCAUCUCGCCCGUCGAAGGACAGUUCCACAAAAUCUACAUACAGAAGCACGAGCAAGUCAGCAUUCUUUUCGCCGAUAUAGUGGGCUUCACGGUGCUCGCAUCGCAGUGCAGUGCGCAGGAGUUGGUGCGAUUACUCAACGAACUUUUCGGACGCUUCGAUCAACUAGCAAAUGACAACCACUGCCUUCGCAUCAAGAUCCUCGGCGACUGCUACUACUGCGUGUCCGGGCUGCCCGAGCCGCGCUCCGACCACGCGCGCUGCACCGUCGAGAUGGGGCUGGAUAUGAUUGAUGCUAUCGCGUCUGUGGUAGAGGCGACAGAUGUGCAGCUGAACAUGCGCGUGGGCAUCCACACUGGACGGGUGCUGUGUGGAGUGCUCGGUCUUCGUAAGUGGCAGUACGACGUGUGGUCCAAUGACGUGACGCUCGCUAACAACAUGGAGGCUGGAGGGGAACCUGGGCGCGUUCAUAUAACGCAAGCAACGCUGGAGUGCCUCGGAGGAGCUUACGAAGUGGAACCAGGUCAUGGCGGCAGUCGCAACGCGUACUUACGGGACCACUCUGUUCAAACAUACUUCAUCAUCCCUCCACCGAGGCGGAGAAAAAUGUGUCUGUCUGCCGGCGUUAGCCUCGGUUCGGCGUCCCGGCGGAAGCUCUCCUUCAAGAACGUGUCCAACGUGGUGGUGCAGCUACUACACUCCAUCAAGUUCAACGUCGACGUACCGUUCUCCAACAUGGCCGCCUCCCCUCAGGAACUCAAGGCCAACGCCGCGAGGAAGGUGCUGGACCUGCGGCGCGCGCUGCACGCGGAGCCGGGCUCGGCGGAGGCGCUGCGGCUGGCGGCGCUGCGGGCCGCCGACGUGAGCGAGCCGCGCCCCCCUCCGGCCCCCGCGGGCCCCGCCCCCGCCAGCGCCCCGCACCACCACACCUUCGACGCCGUCAUGCAGCACCACGCCCUCCGCACGCACGCCGUCGACGACACCCCCGCACAUAACAAAGUGACGGAGAAGUUUAAGCGUCCGUUGAAAAAGCGGCACUCGUCUGUGUACCACCAGCCCACGAACCGCGUGAAUAAGUACCUGGCGCAGGCCAUCGACGCGCGCUCCGUGCACCGCGAGAAGGCCACGCACGUGCACCUACUCACGCUCUGCUUCAAGGAUGCCGAUAAGGAAGCUCAGUACCGGGCCUCAACCGACGGCGGCUGGGCAGGCUCCCUCAGUGCUGCCCUCUGUGCUUUACUUUCUGCGGGGGCUUUACAAGCGUCUAUUCUCCCACAAACCUACAUUCUUCUAAUCCUCUUCGUGACCGCCUUCGCGUGGUCUGCAGCCGUACUGGCCUUGACCCUGGCCGCCAGACUCAGGCUGAUACCCUGUGAUGUAUCGAGACCAUUUACGCUAAGAAAUGCCAUCACAACUUUCACGAUUGUGCUAGGUUAUGCUGUGGGACAAGUUAAUGUGGUAACGUGCGAACAUAUAGAACUAUGCCAAAAUUUAACUGGCAACACCACGACUAUUGACGAAGUGUUAACACUACGAGGCGACAUAGCCGCGAAACUUUGGUCUAGCCACACUGAACACCUGGCCUGCCCUAUACCCUUAUACAUAACAUUAGGGUGCUGUCUUAGUAUGUUGGUAGUCGCUGUUUUCUUAAGACUACCAAUAUUAGUCAAAGGCAUACUCUUAACUGUUAUGACGGCCGGGUACAUGGGUGUUAUACUGGGCUUUCAUAAGGCGCUCUUCGAUUGCUACGACCUUAUGAUUGAUUCAGGUUCAGUAGGGUCUGCUUACGUGGCAAGUGCGUGGACCGUAGCUCUAGCGCUGGCAGUGUUGCUGCAUGCGCGGCAGACGGAGUGGACGGCCAGACUCGACUUCCUGUGGCAAGCUCAGGCUAGGGAUGAGAAACGAGAUAUGGAUGCAUUGCAGGCGUCAAACCGGAGGAUCUUGUUCAAUCUACUACCGGCGCACGUAGCAACACACUUCUUGGACAAUCAGUUUAGAACUAACAUGGACCUGUACCACCAGUCUUACCAACGCGUGGGGGUUGUAUUCGCCAGUAUCACCAACUACCACGAGUUUUAUAUGGAGCUGGACGGCAACAACCAGGGUAUGGAGUGUCUGCGGCUCUUGAACGAGAUCAUUGCUGAUUUUGAUGAGCUUUUGGGAGAAGAUCGCUUUGGCGCUAUCGAUAAAAUUAAGACAGUUGGCUCUACAUACAUGGCGGCGGUGGGCUUGAUACCCGACAGGAAGAUGACGGAUGAAGCGAGCACAAGGAAACACAUGGCCACGCUGGUAGAGUUUGUGUUCGCCAUGAGAGACAAGCUCAAGGAUAUCAAUGACAACUCUUACAAUAACUUCAUGUUGAGAGUUGGUAUCAAUGUAGGGCCUGUAGUAGCUGGUGUAAUUGGUGCACGAAAACCACAAUACGACAUCUGGGGAAAUACAGUUAACGUAGCAUCUCGAAUGGACUCAACUGGUCUGCCAAACCACACGCAAGUUACAGAGGAAGUAUAUCAAGUGCUGAAAGACUUGGCUUACCAAUUCGUAUGUAGAGGCAAAGUUAAGGUGAAAGGUAAAGGCGAGAUGACUACGUACUUCCUAACGGACAGAGCGCCGGCAAAUGGUACAGUGCAGAGCUCGUCUAACGGCCCGACGCCUAACCCUCCCACUGCUUAUGGUGGAGUCGCGACACCUCUGGCCAUGCUACAGAACUCCGCGCGAAGAGCCGCCGCUCAACCCUCUAGGCUUCCACCUUUGAGGGAGUCGUCGGUAGCGGGAGAAAACGAGCCGCUCCUACCCAGCAAUGGGCACCAGAACGGUAAUGGUAAAGGCAGCAAAGGUCGUCGCAAUAAGGACAAUGGGUCUGCGCCGCCACCGCCGCCGCACGGGAUAGGCGCGAAUGGGGGCGCGGGCGCGGGUCCGCGCUGGCCGCCGCCGCGCGCGCUCGUGGCGCCGUGGCCGCGCCCGCCUGAGGCUGCGCCCCCGCCGCACAAGCGCCGCGCCCCCGCCCGCCUGCCGCGCCCCCGCUCCAGCGAGAGCCUGCCCCUAGCGCGCAGCCCGCGUGUACACUCCUCAGCUGACGAGCUCAGUUCCCUCACGCGCUCGCCCAGCCUCAGCUCUUCUGAUGAAAGCUACUCGCGCACAACAGACGCCUCUCCGUCCCCGCCGCGGCCCUCUCAGUGGAUCCCGCCCUCGCGCCCACAGCGGGCCAACCCCAGCCCCGCCUACGACUACCCGCCGGUCCGACCAGGCAAGCCCAUCGUCAACCACAUCAAUGACUUGUAUGCGAAGCACAAAAUGGCCAGGAAACCUUCCCUCGAGGACAAAUUCCUUGAUGGCAGUGUUGACUUCCAGAAGGAAGAGGAGAAGCUUCAACGAAGUAUCAUAAAUAUGCUGCAGGCUUCAGCGAAACGUGACGGGUGUUGUCAAACUGACAAGAAGGAUGUAGCGAGUAGGCUCGGACAACGAGCUGAUUCAUUUUCAAGUUCAGGUGGUCGACCAACGAAUUUGAAACACUUAAACUUAGACAGCCGCGAGCCUUUUGCGAAGAGAAGUCCUUCGGACGUUGCGUGCGUGCCUCCCUUCGAACGAGAAAUACAACGGCUGCUUGAUGACAAAAAUCUAAUCAAAAUCAAUCCUCCGAAAACCGAACGGAAGGAACUGAAACUUGAACUGAGGGGCGGCAAUCCAUCAUUGGAGCCGAUGCGGAACUGCAACAACAACAACAACAGCAGCCCUCUGCACGCGGUGGGGCUGGCGGCCAUCACGCAGGUAGCGCGACACGAGCCCAGCCCCGCGCGCGCCGCCAACGAGUUCCCCGGCGUGCUGCCCACCGAUGUCGUCGUGCAGCUGCCCUCGCCCAAGCAUGACCGACACCGGUCCAGUCCGCCGUGCGAAAGAAAACCUGACCCUGUAAUCGCUAGGGAAAAGGAGCGAGAAAAAGAAGUUCAGGAACGACUACAUAACCGGGUGACCACUUCUAAUCAUAGAGAAAUGGGACUCUACGGGGAGAGUCAGUCGGAGUGGAGCUCGUCGUGCUCGGAGGGCGAGGGCGAGGGCGAGGGCGCGCACCCCGAGAGCACGGGCUACACCACGGACGACCCCGCGCUGGAGAACGUGUCCAUGCUCAACGAGGCGGGGCUCACGGACGCGGAGGCCGCGCUUAGUGACGUCAACUCGUGCUACUUCGACCGCGACGAUGACGUGUCGUCGCGCGCCUCGUCCCGCCUGCUGGACAGCGAGGCGCUGGUGUCGCUGGAGUCGCUCAGCGCCAUCUACGACUCGGACGAGCCGGCGCACCGCUACCUCGCCAACAUCCGCACCGUCAGCGAGUCCAUCACCAGGAACUUCGGACAGCCCGCGCACGUCACCGACGGCGAGAGCGAUGUCUAGUGAUAACAUGUGAUAUGUCGCGACAAGUGAUGAAGCUCCCGUUUUGUGAAUCGACUGUGUACCGUGUACGUUUCGACUAUUUAUUCUUGUGUACCUUUUGGUCAAUUGUGAUACUAAAAAUCUCAAAAACAUUGAAACUGUCAUGACAGAAUUCCGACGUAUUUAAUUUGGAACAAUUGCCGGUGGAACGGUUAAUUUGGCUCUCUAAUGAAUGAAAAUGAAUACUCAAAACGUUUACCUUGUACCCGCUGUUUGUUUUAGUAGUGAGACAAUGUUGUGGUCGUACUGACGAAGCGCAUCGCUAAUCGUAUUCGCGGACGUAAUAUUAUUUUAUAAUUGCUGACGUGCCUGUACUUUGAUGAUUUUGUACUAUGUAAAUUGUGUCAAUAUGUACCUAUUAAUGUUACACUGUAAUCUGUAUGAUAUUCAUGUACAGCUGAAUGUGCCAUGUGAUGGCGUGAUGCAUCAUCUGUAGGAGUAUGCGAUGAUCUCUACAAUUAUAAGGUGCUCUGACUUAGAAUUAUUUAUGGUUUGUCUUGUGAUAACGGUUUAGGAAUUCGAAUUCGAGCGACCAAUCUCUGUUAAUGUCAGUGUUCUAGUGUAAGGGCUGGCCCCUGUCCUGUAAAGUCUAGCUUGUCUCUAUGUUUUAGGAGACGAAGGAGUUAGUAAAGUGGUGUGAACUAACUACGUAAGUACGUAAAUAUUAUGCAUUUGAAACUAUCUUUAGAGUAAACAUUGUUACCACAGCUGGAUUAUUAUGCUUUGUAGAGUAUUCUUUUACAUGCCUCAUGGUAUCCUAUAUAUGUAAUGAAGGCAGGGAUUGUAAUGUCUGUCAAUUUCACGAAACAUUUUCGAUAUGUAUUAAUAUUUUCGGCCUUUUCUUUCCGUAAUCUAGUCACUAAUGGUUUUCUAAAGUUUGGUCGUUUGUUUAUUAAAUAGGUAAGUGCCAUUCAGUCCC